AUGAAGAUCAUAGAACUUGUCAUUGACGGCUUCAAAUCCUACAGCCAGAGAACUGUCAUCUCUGGAUGGGAUCAAAGCUUCAACGCGGUGACAGGACUCAAUGGAUCUGGGAAGUCCAAUAUCCUUGACUCAAUAUGUUUUGUACUGGGCAUCACCAACAUGUCCACCGUACGAGCGCAAAACCUCCAAGACCUCAUCUACAAGCGCGGCCAAGCGGGAGUGACCAAGGCGAGCGUCACAAUCGUGUUUGAUAACAGCGACAAGAGCACUAGUCCGAUCGGGUUCGAAGAGUAUGCGCAGAUCAGCGUAACGCGACAGAUUGUUAUGGGUGGGACAAGCAAAUAUCUGAUCAACGGUCACCGAGCGCAACAAACCACGGUCCAGAAUCUAUUCCAGAGCGUUGGAUUGAAUAUCAAUAACCCAAAUUUCAUCAUCAUGCAGGGACGGAUCACAAAAGUCCUCAAUAUGAAAGCUGCCGAAAUUCUGGCCAUGAUCGAAGAAGCUGCAGGAACCCGCAUGUUUGAGGAUCGGAAGGAAAAAGCCGUCAAGACCAUGGCAAAGAAGGAGAUGAAGGUUGUCGAAAUAGAAGGAUUGUUGCGCGAAGAGAUAGAGCCCAAACUCGACAAACUACGUGGCGAAAAACGGGCGUGGCUAGACUACCAAAAGACACAAAGCGAGCUCGAGAGGCUGACACGAGUGGUUGUUGCAGCGGACUACGUUCGAUCUGGUGAAAGGAUGAAGAGUGCAACUCAAGAACAUGAGGUCAAGAGAGCGAAGGUGCAACACUUGGAGGAGAACGCCCUGAAACUCAAACGCGAGAUUGAGAACUUGGACGAAGACGCUCAACGCGUUCGUGCUGUUCGAGAAAAGGAGAUGCGCAAAGGCGGGCGAUUUCAAGCAGUCGAAGCUCAGGUAAAGGAGCUGAGCCAUGAGCUUGUCCGCCUAGCAACUGUGCUUGAUCUGAAGCAGUCUAGUCUGUCUGAAGAAGAGCAGAAAAAGAAAGACAUCGCAAAAUCUGUCAAGAGUUUGGAAAAGCAAGUGAGUGACAAAAAGUCAGGACUCGCGAAACUGCAGUCGCAGUGGGACAGCGCAAAAGCAGAGCAUGAUUCUCAAGUCUCUGAAGUCGAGAGGAAAGAGGAGCUUCUGUCAACGCUGCAGACCGGAGUGGCUUCGCGCGAAGGCCAGGAAAGUGGAUAUCAAGGCCAGCUGCAGGAAGCUAGAAAUCGAUUGACCGCCGCAACCACCGAACAAGAACAGGCCAAGAUGAAGAUCUCGCACCUGGAGAAACGGAUAAAGGAAGACGAACCACGGGCCAAAAAAGCUCGUGAACAGAAUGCUGAUCUCCUCAAGGGUCUGGAAGUACUUCGCAAAGAAGCACAGAAGCUGGAGAGAGACCUCCAGAACCUGGGAUUCGAGCCAGGCCGCGAAGAGAGCAUGCGGGAGCAGGAAGUUGCACUUCAAAAGAGCAUCCGCUCUCUUACCCAACAAGCCGACGAGCUAAAGCGAAAGGUCGCAAACGUCGACUUUCAUUUUAGCGACCCUUCUCCAAACUUUGACCGCUCGAGGGUGAAGGGCCUGGUUGCACAACUCUUUACCUUGGACAAAGACAAAGCUGUCGCCGGCACCGCGCUUGAGAUUUGUGCCGGUGGUAGACUGUACAAUGUCGUUGUGGACACAGCAGAGACUGGAACACAGUUGCUCCAGCACGGAAAGCUCAAAAAGCGAGUGACCAUCAUUCCUCUCAACAAGAUUUCGGCUUUCAGAGCAUCAGCAGAGAAGGUUGGAGCAGCACAGCGAAUAGCGCCGGGCAAGGUUGAUCUUGCUCUGUCCCUGAUCGGGUACGACCACGAAGUAUCCGCAGCUAUGGAUUACGUUUUUGGAACUACUUUGAUCUGUCAGGAUGCGGAAACGGCAAAACGAGUGACAUUUGAUCCUGCAGUCCGGCUGAAGAGCGUGACGCUUGAAGGAGACGUCUAUGAUCCCUCGGGUACGCUUUCUGGAGGAAGUGCUCCUAAUUCCAGCGGUGUUCUUGUGAUUCUCCAAAAACUAAAUGAGGUCACGAAGGAACUACAGAAGCAUCAAUCAGAACUUCAACAGCUCCAACAGACCAUGAGAAAUGAGCAAACAAAGCUUGCCAACAUCAAGUCGGUCAAGCAAGUUCUGGAUCUCAAAAGUCAUGAAAUCAAGCUUGCAGAGGAGCAGAUAUCGGGCAAUUCUUCCUCAUCAAUCAUCCAAGCAGUCGAAGAGAUGAGAGCGUCAAUCGUGCAACUGAAGCAAGAUAUGGCAGGUGCCAAAGCCAAGGAAAGCGAGGCGGCACGGGAUGUGAAGCGGAUUGAAAAGGACAUGGAAGAUUUCAGUAAGAACAAGGAUAGCAAACUCAAAGAACUGGAGAAGUCGUUGGUGGACCUGAAAAAGUCGCUGUGCAAGACAUCGGCAGCGAUCAAAGCGCUUCAGAAGGAGUUGCAAGACGCAAAGAUCGACUGUGAACAAGCCGAAAGCGAUUUGAACGCGGCUCUGGAGCAACUUUCCGAGGCUGAUACCACGAUUGAGAACCAGAAAGAAGAACUCCAAAAUCUCCGGCAAGAAGAAGCGACUGUGAAAAGCAACCAUGACAUUGCACAGGCCGAAUUGGACGACGAACGAGCAAAACUGACGGGAUUCGACGACGAGCUGCGCGAACUGGAACAAGCUAAAUCGAAGAAAUCCAAACAAAUCGCAGAAGAAACACUCGAGGCGCAAAAGCUGGGCCACGCGGUGGAGAAGGCUCAGAAGGACGCCCAAGCAGCCGCGCAACUGGUGGCCGCACUUGAAAAGGAGCAUGACUGGAUUGAAGACAACAAAGAUCAAUUCGGACGUGCUGGCACGCCAUACGACUUCCACGGCAAGAAUUUGGCGGAAAGUCGAGCAACUCUGAAAAACGUCACCGAGAGAUUCCAAGGGAUGAAGAAAAAGAUCAACCCCAAGGUGAUGCCCAUGAUCGAUAGUGUCGAGAAGAAAGAGGCAUCACUCAAAACAAUGCUCCGGACGGUGAUCCGAGACAAGAAGAAGAUUGAGGAGACUAUCAGCACGCUGGACGAAUACAAGAAAGAGGCGCUGGUCAAGACAUGGCGCAAGGUCACCGAGGACUUUGGGAACAUCUUCUCGGACCUAUUGCCAGGAAACAAUACGGCGAAAUUGGUGCCAUUAGAUGACAACAUUGAUCGAAUUCAGGAAGGGUUGGAGGUGAAGGUGUGUUUGGGAAAAGUCUGGAAGCAGAGUCUCACAGAGCUUUCUGGUGGUCAAAGGUCACUCAUUGCCCUAUCACUCAUCCUUGCGCUGUUACAGUUCAAGCCCGCUCCCAUGUAUAUCCUGGACGAGGUGGACGCGGCACUGGAUCUUUCACACACUCAAAAUAUUGGUCGGAUCAUCAAGACAAGGUUCCAAGGAUCGCAAUUUAUCGUCGUCAGUUUGAAAGACGGCAUGUUUCAGAACGCCAAUCGUGUGUUCCGGACGAGGUUCAGCGAGGGGACAAGUGUAGUGUCUGUCAUGACACCUGGGGAGUUGAAGGGAUGA